CUGCACUCUCCGACAUGGGGCCCUGGCGCUGCCUGCUCCUCCUGUCGCUCCUCGCCGCUGCCCUCCGUGCCCAGCAGCAGCAGUUCAUGGAGUACGUGGAGCGGCGCCUCACCCUCCUGGAGGAGAGGAUCUCACAGUGGCACGACCAGAGCAGCCGCUACUCCACGGAGCUGCGGGACUUCAAGAACCAGGUGCUGGGGAUGCUUGAGACAGCAGAGAAGGAGCGGGAGGCGAUGCGGUCAGAGGCAGAAAGCGUGGCAGUGCGCAUGGACCGCCUGGAGCGUGAGGUGGACUACCUGGAGACGCAGAACCCCGCACCGCCUUGUGUGGAGGUGGACGAGACGCUGAUGGAGAAGCAGGUGGCCACGGCCAAGCAGAGGAAGAAUGAGAAGUACACCAAGCUGACAGACUGCAGCGACACCAUUGCGAGUGUCAGAGCCAUGAAGAUCCUGAAGCGUUUCGGCAGCACCUCAGGGCUCUGGACCAAGGAUGCUGCAGGGAACUCUGAGAAGAUCUAUGUUUUCGACGGCACUGCCAACGACACGGUGUAUGUCUUCCCCCGCAUGCGGGAGUUCACCCUCUUCUCUGCCACCCGCAAGGCUGCCCGCAUCAAGCUGCCCUACCCCUGGGUGGGCACUGGGCACCUCGUCUACAAUGGGCACCUCUACUACAUCCGCCAGCAGGGCCCCUUCCAGGUGAUCAAGUUCAACCUGGCCAACAAGACCGUGGUGGACAGCUCGGUGUUUCCGGCUGAGGAGCAGAUCCCCGUCUUCGGCCUCUCCCCCUUCACCUACAUUGAGAUGGCGGCGGACGAGGAGGGGCUCUGGGCCAUCUAUGCCACCAAGGAGGACGAGAAGAACAUAUGCCUGGCCAAGCUGGACCCCACCUCGCUGGACAUCGAGCAGAUGUGGGACACACCAUGCCCACGGGAGAAUGCUGAGGGCGCCUUCGUGGUGUGCGGGGCGCUGCACGUGGUCUACAACACCCGCCUGCCCAGCCGCUCCCGUGUGCAGUGUGUCUUUGACGUCAGUGGCACGCUGGCCCCCGAGGACGCCUCCCUUGUCUACUUCCCCAAGCGCUACGGCUCCCACUCCAGCAUGAAGUACAGCCCCCGGGAGAGGCAGAUCUAUGCCUGGGAUGAUGGCUACCAGAUCAUCUACCGCAUGGAGAUGAAGAAGAAGCUGGAGGUCUGAGGGGCCAUGGCAGGGCGUCCCCGCACAUCCAGCCACCCCACCCAGGCAAGCGCAGCUCUGCCCAUCCUGUCCCACGGAGCACAGCCGGCUCCAGCAUGGGACGGCAUCUCUGCCCCGUUUCCCGUCACUGUGAAAUGAUGAAAUGCUGGACCCCUGUCCCCGGCCACCCUCCACCCACUGGCACCAGGCAUACCUGCCCAGGACCACCCUGCAGAAACCUGGACUAAUUUAAUGAG